UAAAACAUCAUUAGAAAUAUGUUGUCUAAAAUCACAAUGGUUAUCACUUUCUCUGCAAUUUUUAUGACAUUCCUUCUCUGUUCACCAUCAGUGGGUGUAUCUCUUGCAAGGUUACCACUACCAUCACCAAUCACAGGCCCUGAAUCUCUAGCAUUUGAUCGAAACGGUGGAGGGCCAUACGUUGGUGUUUCUGAUGGAAGAAUUCUCAAAUACGUUGGUCCAAGGGGAUUCCAGGAAUAUGGCUACACUUCACCAACCAGGAACAAAACAUUGUGUGAUGGGCUUGCUGAUUUCUCAGAAGUCCAAGCACAAUGUGGAAGACCUUUAGGAUUACGUUUCAACCAUCAAACAAACGAACUAUAUGUCGCAGAUGCUUAUUUUGGGCUUGUGAAGAUCGGACCCAAUGGUGGAGCACCGAUUCAAUCUUUCAAAAUUCUGCAAUCACAAGAGAAUCGUGGCAACUUCACUUUUGACUUUCUUGAUGGAAUUGACAUUGAUAUGGACACUGGAAUCAUUUAUUUAACCCAAGCUAGUACUAACUUCCGUUUCAGGGAUGCAAGAGCACUAGAAAACAGUAGAGAUCAAACGGGGAGCUUAUUCUCAGUAGACCCGAAGAAGAACGAAACAAGAGUUUUGAUGAGAAAUCUUGCAUUGGCAGCUGGGGUGGCAGUGAGCAGAGAUGGAUCAUUUGUUGUUGUGAGCGAAUACUUGGGAAAUAGAAUCCAAAGGUUUUGGCUGAAAGGUCCAAGAGCAAAUUCUUCUGAUUUAUUCUUGCAACUAAGGGGAAGACCAGACAACAUUAGGACCAACUCAAGGGGACAAUUCUGGAUUGCUGUUAAUGAUGUUUUACUACCAAAUCCACCUUCAAGGCCUGUUAUCAUACCCAGAGGACUCAGAGUAGGAGAGAACGGUGUCGUUUCUCGGAUUGUGUCUCUUGUUCGAGAGUUAGGAAGUGAGACAGUGAGUGAGGUUCAUGAACACAAUGGGACACUCUAUUCUGGCUCCUUGCAUGCUUCUUAUGUUUCCAUUUCUACUGUCUUUUAGUUUAUCUAUGUCAACUUUCAACCACACCAAUAAACAAAUUAUU